UCCUCGAUUUCAAUCUUUGAGAUAAAACCACAAAGAUCCGAUUCAAAGGUUCAAAAAACUCAAAAUCGAAACUUAUCCACAAGAAAACAAGGAACUUUUUUCAAAAAUGAAGGCGGAGUUGAAUUUGCCGGCGGGAUUCCGAUUUCACCCGACCGACGAAGAGCUUGUUAAGUUCUAUCUCUGCCGGAGAUGCGCGUCGGAACCGAUUAACGUUCCGGUUAUCGCAGAGAUUGAUCUGUAUAAAUUCAAUCCAUGGGAGCUUCCAGAAAUGGCGUUGUACGGAGAGAAAGAAUGGUACUUCUUCUCACAUAGAGACCGGAAAUACCCAAACGGUUCGAGACCAAACCGGGCAGCUGGAAGCGGUUAUUGGAAAGCGACUGGAGCUGAUAAACCGAUCGGAAAACCGAAGACGUUAGGGAUUAAGAAAGCACUCGUCUUCUACGCAGGAAAAGCUCCGAAAGGGGUUAAAACGAAUUGGAUUAUGCACGAGUAUCGUCUCGCUAAUGUCGAUCGUUCUGCUUCUACCAACAAGAAGAACAAUUUGCGACUUGAUGAUUGGGUUUUGUGUCGGAUUUACAAUAAGAAAGGAACAAUGGAGAAGUAUCAUCCGGCGGCGGAUGAAAAACCGACGGCGAAGAUGAGUACGUCGGACUCAAGAUGCUCAAGUCACGUGAUUUCACCGGACGUCACGUGUUCCGAUAACUGGGAGGUUGAAAGUGAGCCCAAGUGGAUUAAUCUGGAAGACGCGUUAGAGGCGUUUAAUGACACGUCCAUGUUCAGUUCCAUUGAUUUGUUGCAAAAUGACGCUUUUGUCCCUCAGUUUCCGUACCAGUCCUCCGCUUUCGUCGAUUCGUUUCAGGAACCGCUGGAGCAGAAACCAUUCUUGAAUUGGAAUUUUGCUCCUCAAGGGUAAAAAAUGGGAAAAAGGUUGAAGCUUUUCAGAGUCUUCGAUCACCGCAUCGUGUCGGAUCCUGACCCGGAGACCAAGUCGGGUCAUACGAUUACAGAAUCGGGUUAAUUGAGAUGUCCACAUUUGGAUUUCA